AAUUUGUUGGGUUUAGUUUUCUGUUGUUUUUCAGAUGACGCAUGUCAUGUCUUCUUAUGAAUCCCCAGUUUUGUUGGUUGAAUCUGUAAAUGUGAUCAGUUGUUACCUUGGUUGUGAUGGGUCCAAGCACAGAUGUUCUCUAGUAUCUGAAUGAGGCGUAGUAGUGCGCCUAGUCAAGUUCUUUUGGCAACAUCGAGUCCGAAGCCAUUUGUUGCCAACAAGGAAAACAAAUUAGUCUCUCGUCCUGCAGUUGCUCAAGUAGGAAACGCUUCUAAGAAACCAAAGUUAGCAAAUAACCAGGACUCCAAUACGAAGCCAGAUGAUAGCGUUGUUUCUCUGUUAGAAAACAGCCAGGGCUCUCAAGAUAGUCACGAUGAUUCGAUUGAGAAAAUUCUGAAGAAGCCGUUUCGGAUUCCGAUUUUCAACUACAAUGGUCCGACUCUAGGCAGGUCAUUGGGUAUCAAGAGAAGUGGGUGUAAGAGUUCCCUUCAUGAUCCGAAUGGGGAGAAUGCUCUCGUGUUGUACUGGCCGACUGAGUUGAGUGAACACGACAAGAUGAACAGUGAUGCGACUAAACAGGAAGUGCAUGUAGUAGUCGAUCCCAUCCUCUCUAGAGUUCUAAGACCACAUCAACGAGAAGGUGUGAAGUUUCUCUACGACUGUGUGACUGGAGUGACGAUAGAAGGCAGCUAUGGGUGCAUUCUGGCAGACGAGAUGGGACUGGGCAAGUCUCUCCAGUGUGUCACUCUAGUCUGGACUGUGAUCAGACAAGGACCCAACAGCACCCCGCUGUGUCAACGGGUGAUCAUCGUGUGUCCUUCUAGUCUGGUGAAGAACUGGGCCAAUGAGUUCAAGAAGUGGCUGCCGAACAGAAUCAAUGUGCUGACCAUAGACAGUGGGGCCAAGGACGAGAUAGACAAGAACAUCAGUGGAUUCAUGCGCCAGAUACGCAUUGUGCAGCCAGUCAUGGUCAUAUCAUACGAGACAUUCAGACUGCAUGUCAACGCCAUUAGCACUGGAGUGGUGGACUUGAUCAUGUGUGACGAAGGUCACCGUCUCAAAAACUCCGAGAACCAAACAUAUCAAGCUUUGUCGAAUAGUUCGGCUAAGCGAAGGGUUCUCCUAUCUGGAACCCCGAUCCAAAACGACCUUCUUGAAUACUUCAGUCUUGUCCACUUUGUGAACUCUGGGAUCUUAGGAACCGCACAGGAGUUUAAGAAGAAGUUUGAGACUCCGAUUUUACGAGGACGAGACGCUGACGCAACUGAUAAGCAGAAAGAUGCCGGAAAUGAAAAAUUGCAGGAGCUUUUGGGAAUUGUGAACAAAUGUAUUUUGAGAAGAACUCAAGCUCUGCUAACGAAAUACCUUCCAGUGAAAUACGAAGAGGUUAUAUGUUGUAAGUUAACCCAGUUUCAAGCUGAUUUGUACAACGGAUUCACGUCAAUUCUCUGCAAUAAACUGGAUACGAAUUCAUCGUCUUUAAGUGCAAUAACGACGUUGAAAAAAAUAUGCUGUCAUCCGUCUUUAGUUUACGAAAUGUGCAAAACUCAAGAUGUGUUCAAAAAAUUUCUUCCUAUUUUUCCGCCAAAUUUUUCGGAGCAUACAUUGAAUCCUAGUUUUUCUGGAAAAAUUUUGGUUUUGGAUUAUCUACUGGCAGUCAUCAAAAGUACGACAACCGACAAAGUAGUUUUGGUUUCAAACUACACACAAACUUUGGACUUGUUCGAAAGACUGUGCUUGAAGCGAAACUACAAGUUUGUACGGCUAGAUGGUACAAUGAGUAUUAAGAAACGAGCUAAAGUUGUUGAUAAUUUUAAUGACCUUGCAAGCGAAGACUUCAUUUUCAUGCUCAGCAGUAAAGCUGGAGGCUGUGGCUUGAAUCUGAUUGGUGCUAAUCGUCUGGUCAUGUUCGACCCCGAUUGGAAUCCAGCCAAUGACGAUCAAGCUAUGGCUCGAGUUUGGCGAGAUGGUCAAAAGAAAGUAUGCUACGUGUAUCGUCUGCUAGCUACAGGGUCGAUAGAAGAGAAAAUGUUGCAACGUCAAGAGCAUAAAAAAGCUCUGAGCAGUUGUGUGGUUGAUAAUGAAGAAAAUGUGGAACGACUUUUUUCGUUGCAAGAGUUGAAAUCUCUGUUUCGAUUAGACUCUAAUACGGUCAGUGAUACGCAUGAGAAAUUGAAAUGCAAAAGAUGUGUGAAUAAUAUCCAGUCUAAAUUACCACCAGAAGACAGUGAUUGCAAUUCGGAUUUGUCCCUGUGGAAUCACUGUGCGAAUAAAAAAGACUUGAUCGAUUUGAGUCUGAAGCAGGUUUGGGAUAGUUGCCCGAUAUCGUUUGUGUUUUACCACAAGUCGCAUACACAGAAAACCACUGUUUGAUGUGACUUAAUGAUUUGAAUAAUUAUUUCUGUUGGUUUGUUGAAUGAAAUUUUUAAUU